UGGGGCAAAAGAGAAGGAAAUAAGACUCCAGGGGACAUUACCAGAAAGAGGGGAGGAUGAAAAGGAGAACUGUUUGGAUGGAAACGAAUCACUGAGGCAGAAUCAGGAAGACCAGAGGAGAGACAUGUCUCACAGAUAUCUGAGCGGCGUUGCCUCUGAAGAAGAAAUGGGAAAAACAACAAACAGGAGUAUCAGUGCUCUUCAACGCUCAGAGUAUCAACAAAGCAUCCCUCUGAGGAAAAGACCAGGGAAAUGUCCAACAUGUCAUGCCAAGAUAAAUCUGUGUCACUGUAUGGAGGAUGGAGAAAGUUUCAGAUGGAGCCCAGAAGAUACAAGAUUUCACACAGGGGAAAAACACAAAUUCUUUAGUUCUGACUUUAAAGCACCUCAGCCAAUGCAUUCUGAAGAGAAAGUCUGUAAGUGCAUAGAGUGUGGCAUGAGCUUCAACAGAAGUCCAGAACUUAAAAGACAUGAAAGAAUACACACAGGAGAGAAAGCAUACAAAUGUCCUGAAUGUGGACAGGCCUUCAGACGCAAUUGGAAUCUUCAAGUACAUCAGCGAAUUCAUACAGGAGAGAAACCCUACAUAUGCAAAGAAUGUGGGAAAUGUUUCAGUCAUUCCUCAGCAUUUAAAGUACAUCAGCGCCGUCAUUCAGGGGAGAAGCCAUAUUCUUGUAAUGUUUGUGGGAAAUGUUUCUGCCAGAGCAGUGAUCUUCAAGUACACCAGCGAAUUCAUACNGGAGAGAAACCCCAUCAGUGCAAUGAAUGUGGGGAAAAGUUCAGCCGGAAGGCAAACCUUGUAGUACAUCAGCAAAUUCAUGCAGGAGAGAAACCCUGUCAGUAUGAAGAAUCUAGGAAAAUCUCCACAGUUGGGUCAACCUUCAGAAAAUAUCAUAAAGAAGAGAAACCCGUACAGUUCAAAGAAUGUAAGAAGAGGUUCACCAAAUACUCAAACGUCACAGUACAUCAAGCAAUUGACUCAGGAGAAAAACUCUAUACAUGCAAAGAGUGUGGUAAAAAAUUCAAGCAGCUCUCAGAUUUUAAACUUCAUCAACACUCACAUUCAGGGAAGAAAUUGCAUCAUUGUAAAGAAAGUGGGAAAAGCUUCUGGCUGAGCAAAGAUUCUGGGGAACACAAACAAAUUCAUUCAGGAGAAAAUCUCUAUCAGUGCAAAGAAUGUGGGGAAAGCUUCCGCUAUAGAGCCCAUCGUAUUAGACAUCGACAGAUGCACAGAGAGGGGAAACUUUGAAAUCCCCACAUAAUUAUCUCCUUAAACUACAUCAACCUGUCUGUUUUGGGAAGAAACUGAAGAGAGAGGUUCAUGCCACAGCUGUCAAAUUAUACCUUUGUGAAUCUGUGAAUGCAUGUAAGAGAAAAGACUUUAUGGUGGCCUCAAAUGUGGGAAUCCCCUCCACAGAAAUCUUCUUUUCCUCCAAAAGAUACACAAAAGCCACAUUCCUGAUAGCAUUUUACAACAAUAAGGAGAUAGUUAACAGGGGUGAUGCUGUGAGUGGACUCUUUCAUGUGUUUUAAGAUAAUUGCCUUCUGUUCUGUGAUUUUUAAAAAAUAUUUCAAACCUAAGGUUUUGGUGAGAUACUUUUAACAUGAGUCUAAUUUUAUCAUUUUACAACAAUUGCCUGGAAAUUGAAAUAAAUAUUUAGAGUGGAA